GACCAAUUUUAUCUGGGGAAUUAUCAUUUCAGCCUCCUCACAGACAGACGAUGCAAAGUGUUAGCAGGCCAGAAGCGGCCUGGAUUCCCAACCACACCCUUGCUUCCCAGUUUGUUUGGGAGCUGAAACGUGCCCUGGAAGCUCAGGAUCAUAAUUGGGCGACCGGCCUCCUCCAGGCUGGAGUGAAACUCCCCAAUGCCACCAUCGAGCUCUCCAAUGAUGACUGGAUAAACGAUCCAUCUGCAGUGCUGCAUCUGCUGGUUCUCCUGGGCCUGUGGUCCCUGGAGUACAAACGGGAGCUGACCAGCCCACUGUGUAUUGCUGCCACCUACGGCUACACGGACUGUCUGCGGCACAUCCUGCAGUGCGGAGCUGAGGUCAACCUGGUCCCAGGCCCAAGGAGUGCCCUGCAACAAGCCUGUGCCAAUGCCCAUCCCCACUGUGUGCAGCUUUUGUUGGAGCAUGGUGCCAACCCCAGGCUCCUGAGUGAGGAGGGCCUCACUUCACUGCACCUCUGUGACAGCCCACAUUCCUUCUUGUGUGCUAAGUUGCUGCUGAGUCACCAGGCGGACAUUAACCAGCUGAGUGAUGAGGAGGGGACAAGCCCACUGCACGUGGCAGCGGAGCAUGGUCUGGUGGAGCAUGUGCUGCUGUACCUGCGGUAUGGAGCCAAGGUGGACAGAGUUGACAGCCGCGGGCAGACCCCACUGGGCUCGGCCUGUGCCCAGCCCCAGUCUUCGGGCUCGCAGGAGGCUUAUCAUCAAGUUUGUCAGCUGCUCAUGACGCACGGAGCCGAUGUGAAUGCUGUGGAUGGGGAGCGGGCGACCCCGUUGCAUAGAGCUGCCAGGAAUGCCAACCAUGCCCUGGUGCAGCUCCUCCUCCAGCACCACGCAGACGUCAAUGCCAUUGAUUACAACGGCUCUUCACCGCUCCGCUGUGCGCUCCAAUCUGCCGUCCUCAAACAAGAGCUGCAACCACAAUGCACCGUGCAAACUCUGCUCAACCAUGGCUCCCACAGAGUCUGGCCUGGGGCCUUCAUCAAGGUGCUGAAAAGCUGUGCAGUUUCCCCUCAAACCAUUGAAGUCUUGUUCAACUCCUAUCAGCAAAUACAAGUCACCGAGGAGUGGCCAGAGGUUGUCCCUGAGGACAUACUUCAGGUGCACUGGUCGUUCUACAAGUCACUCUUUGCAUUGGCCUCAAGGCCGCGCUCCCUGCAGCAUCUAUGCCGUUUUGCAGCCCGCAAGCUGUGUGGUGAUCAGUGCCAGGCCAUCAUCCCCACUCUGCCAGUGCCCAGGUGCCUGCAUGGAUACCUGCUGCUCGAACCACAGGGAUGGGUGUUCUGAACAUUAGUUGGCUCCUCACCUCCUCCCUCACAGGCCAUGCACAUCUGUCUCAAUGCCAAGGGGAAGCACGAGGUGUUUACCACCUCUGCUGAUCUUCUCCCAGUGCAACAAACCCAACAUCAAGAGAUUCUAUGGGUAAGACCCAAAGAACAUAAGAACAUAAGAAUUGCUAGACGAAAGAAGACCAAGGUCUAUCCAGUUUACCUUCCAACAUUCUGGCAGUUGCAUGCUCAUUGAUGCCCCAAACUAUGUCCUAAAACCCAAGAUAAUACUUCCUAAAAGAAAUCAAUUUAA